UGUUCGCGGCCGAGUCAUGGAUCGCAAUCCCUCGCCGCCGCCGCCGCGGAGUCGAGAUGAGGGGGAGGAGGAGGAGGUGGCUGCGGGGGCAGACUGCAUAGGGAGCACGGUCUACAGCAAGCACUGGCUCUUCGGCGUCCUCAGCGGGCUCAUCCAGAUUGUUAGCCCUGGAAACACCAAAUCCAGCUCAGAUGAUGAGGAGCAGCAGAUGGAGCUUAAUGAAGAAAUGGAGAAUGAAAUUUGCAGAGUAUGGGAUAUGUCAAUGGAUGAGGAUGUGGCUUUAUUCCUCCAAGAAUUUAAUGCUCCUGAUAUAUUUAUGGGAAUACUGGCCAAAUCCAAGUGUCCUCGAUUAAGGGAAAUCUGUGUGGGAAUUUUAGGUAAUAUGGCCUGUUUCCAGGAGAUAUGUGUGUCCAUCAGCAGUGAUAAAAAUCUUGGGCAGGUGUUAUUGCACUGUUUGUAUGACUCAGACCCACCUACUCUGCUGGAAACAAGCAGGUUGUUGCUUACUUGCCUUUCCCAGACAGAAGUGGCCAGUGUCUGGGUUGAAAGGAUCCGGGAAUAUCCAGCUAUUUAUGACAGCAUUUGCUUCAUCAUGUCAAGUUCAACAAGUGUUGACUUGCUGGUGAAGGUGGGGGAGGUUGUGGACAAGCUCUUUGAUUUGGAUGAGAAACUAAUGUUGGAAUGGAUUAGAAAUGGGGCUGUUCAGCCUUUGGACCAACCCCAGGAAGAUUCUGAAGAGCAGCCAGUGUUUAGGAUUGUUCCUUGUGUACUUGAAGCUGCCAAACAAGUACGUUCUGAAAAUCCAGAAGGUCUUGAUGUUUACAUGCAUAUCUUACAGCUACUUACCACAGUGGAUGAUGGAAUUCAAGCAAUUGUACAGUGUCCUGACUCUGGAAAAGACACUUGGAAUUUACUUUUUGACUUGGUCUGCCAUGACUUCUGCCAGUCUGAUGAUCCACCCAUCGUACUUCAAGAACAGAAAACAGUGCUAGCCUCUGUUUUUUCAGUGUUGUCUGCCAUUUAUGCUUCACAAGCUGAACAAGAGUAUCUGAGGAUAGAAAAAGAUCUUCCUCUAAUUGACAGCCUGAUUCGGGUCUUACAAAAUAUGGAACAUUGUCAGAAGAAACCAGAGAACUCGGCAGAGUCUAAUGCAGAAGAACAUAAAAACUCUGAUUUAACACAAGAUGAUUUACAUUUGAAAAUCUUAAAGGAUAUUUCAUGUGAAUUUCUCUCUAAUAUUUUUCAGGCACUAACAAAGGAGACUGUGGCUCAGGGACUAAAGGAGGGCCAGUUCAGCAAACAGAAGUGUUCUUCUGCAUUUCAAAACCUUCUUCCUUUCUAUAGCCCUGUGGUGGAAGACUUUUUUAAAAUCCUGCAGGAGGUUGAUAAGGCCCUUGCUGAUGACCUGGAGGAAAGCUUCCCAAGUUUGAAGGGUCUGACUUAAAAACUGAAUUGAACUUUCUUCUGUACAACAAAUAAACUUUAUUUUCAUCACUAAUAGUUAAAAUUGACACGUAGGAAAUAUUAGAUAAAGCCCAUAUUAGGCCAUAAUUGUCUUGUAUUACACUCAUGCCCUUCUUCCUCCCCCAGCCUUAUCUCACUUUUAUUUGGCAUUAAAAUUUCACCACUAUCACCCCUCCCCCCUGCCAUUUUUAUAUUGGUUAUAUGGUACUUAUCAUUUUUAGUUGAAGAAAGCAAAAAUAAAACCAUUGAGGUUCUUUUUAGGAUAUUUGAGGGGUAGGUUAAUUUGAUUUUUAUGUGACAAUUUUGUCUUUGUAUCCACUACAAGUGUAUUCAGCUGUAGUAACAGAAAACUCUCUUACAGUAGCUUGAUCUGAUGGCUUUCAUGUAUCUCAGGCAAUAAGAAGUCCAGGGUGGGCAGUCCAGACAUGGUAAGAUGGCUCCUUUCAUCUUUCUGUGUGAUAUGCCAUGUGGACCAUUGUGUUCAUGUUUAUUGUCUGUGGUUAAGGGGGCUGUGCCAUCUCUGGGCUUUUCAUCCACACUCAGGGAGGAAAAAGGAGAAAGAGGAAAGGGGUCUUUCUCCUAGCAAGUCUUUACCUUUUUAUUUGGAAAGUACAGGCCUCCCUGGCUAGAACCUUGUUGGAUAUUUGAAUCACAUACUUUUUUUUCUUUUCCAGCCUCCAUAUGAGGGGAAGGCAAGAGAGAAGAGAGAUGUGAAUGAGUUUUGAAUAGCCACAAUAUACAAAUAUAUUUUAGCCAGU